UGUUCGGCUUUCUCCCUUUUCAACGAAGAUUCUCUCGCCUCGCAGCUCAUAGGGAGACAGGUGGUUUUUAUUUGAAAACUCAUGGAUUAUGGAAAGUAAAGUGCAUGGCGAAACAUGGGCAUACUCAUAUCCAUCAUACCUUCUCUGUUGUCUCUUCUGACACUUUUAUAUCUCUAUUCGGAUAAUAGUUUUUUACCUCCAACUACUAAUAUAGUUCAGCAUGAAUAUGACUAUAUUAUCGUCGGAGCUGGAUCCGCUGGCGCCGUGGUGGCCAACCGACUUUCUGAAAAUCCUGACAUUCGAGUUCUACUCCUGGAAGCUGGAGGAGCACCGAAGUUGAAAAGUGAAGUACCUAUCCUAGCUGCACAGUUGCAGAUGACCAGGAAUGAUUGGGGGUAUCUCACUGUACCGCAGAAGCACUCCUGCUUCGGCCUCAUAAACAGACAAAUGCCCUGGCCUCGUGGCAAAGUCCUGGGAGGAUCGAGUAUCCUAAACUACAUGUUGUAUGUGCGAGGCAAUCGAAGGGAUUAUGACCAAUGGGCCAGAAAUGGAGCUGACGGCUGGAGUUGGAAAGAAGUUUAUCCCUAUUUUUUGAAGUCCGAGGAUAAUCAAGAUCCUCAUACAGCUUUCAAUGGAUAUCACGGCACCGGCGGUUACUUAACUGUAAAUACACCUCCUUUCGUCACUCCUCUUGGAUAUGCAUUCGAACAAUCAGCCCUCUUCAUGGGAUAUUCUGUAAACGACAUAAAUGGAGUUCGCCAAACUGGUGCUACGAUUCCUCAAGGAACUAUCAGAAGAGGUUCUCGCUGCAGUACUGCCAAAGCGUUUCUGUCUUCUGCUGGCAAAAGACCUAAUUUGGAUAUUGUCAUAAAUGCUUUUGUCACAAAGAUCCUUAUUGAUUCCGACAGACGUGCUCGAGGUGUUUUAUAUGAUAAAGAUGGGCACGCCUUCGAAGCCCUGGCAAGGCGAGAAGUCAUUGUUUCUGCUGGUUCCGUGAAUACACCUCAACUCCUCAUGCUCUCCGGUAUCGGACCCAAGAAGCAGUUGAAGAAAUUCGGUAUUCCUGUGAUUGCUGAUUUGCCUGUAGGAGAGAAUCUCCAAGACCAUGUUGGAUCAGCUGGUAUUCAUUUUGUCAUAGAUGAUCCAAUUUCUUUGCUGCCGAAUAGAAUCUUGUCUGUCAAGAAUUUUCUCAAAUUCAUUACGAUGGGAAAAGGUCCACUCACCGUCCUCGGAGGCUGCGAAGGUCUGGCCUUUGUAAAUACUCCUUUCGCCAACCACACGGACGAUUGGCCGGAUAUCGAGAUCCAUUUCAUAUCCAGCUCCCCCUCAUCUGAUGAAGGAGUGUCCAUCAGGAAAGUGAUGGGCCUUACUGAUGAAGACUUCAAUGCAGUGUAUGUGCCAUACAUCGGAAAGGACACUUUCACUAUGUAUCCUGUGCUCCUGAGGCCAAAAAGCAGAGGAAGAAUAUACCUUCAGUCAGCAGAUCCAUAUGUAAAACCAAAAAUUGACCCACGUUACUUCAGCAAUCCAUUGGACAUUAAAAAAUUAGUUCAAGGUAUGAAGAUUUGCUUGAAACUGGGACUACAACCUCCCUUUCUGAAGAUGGGUUCCAGGCUCUUCGAAACUAAGUUCCCUGGAUGCGAGAUCUAUCCGCUGUACAGCGAUUUGUACUUGGAGUGUGUGGCUAGGACAUACACCAUCACUAUUUAUCAUCCAGUGGGCACUUGCAAAAUGGGAAGUCCGUGGGAUCCAACAGCUGUCGUGGAUUCUCAUUUACGGGUCAUAGGAAUCAAAGGUCUGAGAGUGGUGGAUGCUUCAAUCAUGCCAACAAUAGUUUCAGGGAAUACGAAUGCCCCGGUCAUCAUGAUUGCGGAAAAAGCAUCGGAUUUCAUCAAAUUGGCUCAACUUGGGAUGGAAAAGUAACAAAGUCCGAAUAUUAACGAAAUAUGUCUCCAUUCAUCAAAAAUUAGGAUUAUAAAGACUCUCGUUAUGGGAGAGAAACUGUAUUGUUCCUCAUUUGCCAAAUGUACAGAUAUAGUUUAUUUAAAAUUGUUUUGUAAUAGUUGUGUAAGUAUGUGUGAUGAAUGAUUCGAUA